AUGUAUUCUUCAUUAUUAUUAUUACCUUUGAUCCCGUCGUUGGUCAACUCAGCUGCGAUUCGUUCCGCUGACUUGGCUGGCUAUGUGUUGACCAGUACGGGGACUGUCAAUGGCGGAAACACUUUCCCCGGUGUUUCUCGACCACUGGGCAUGGUGAAGCUUGGUCCUGAUCUGUACUCGGGCACCGAUGCUUACUCUGGCUAUCUUUCCAAUGGCAACUUCACGGGCUUCACGAUGCUCCAUGAGAGCGGCACUGGAGGCGCGCCGAAGUACGGCGUCAUUUCUCAGAUGCCAGUUGUUGGAACUGUCGCGAACCCUCUGAGCGACGCCAUCAAUGACACUCGUGCCGCACCUGAUUUUACCGAGAUUGGCUACUACAAAGCAAGUCUUGGCUCUGGAACUGUCUUGGAAUUGGCGGCUACCAACAAGGCUGGCAUGUUUCAGUACACAUUCCCUAGCGUUGGCAAGGAUCUCAAUGUGCUUGUUGACGUGUCUCAUGUCUUGUCGUCCUACCGUGGCCAAGGGCUGGAGCAGCAUUUCUUAGGAGGUGGCAUUAAUGUCCAGCAAGACACCAAGCCCGGAUAUUAUUAUUAUACCGGCAACGGAACUUACAAUAAUGGAUGGAACAGAGCUGGCCCGUGGACGGUUUACUUCUGUGGAUAUUUCGAUGCUCCAGCUUCUUACAAAACAUUCAUUGGAACGAGCCUAAACUCGUCAACCUUGUCUGAAUUUUCCAACAAGACAAGCUACAGCUCCCAAACAGCAAGGCUCGGAGCCCUCCUCACAUUCCAGCAGCAAUCUGUCAUCUCCAGGGUUGGAGUUUCGUUCGUCUCCGAGACGCAAGCCUGUGCCAACGUCAAAGCCGAGAUUCCCCAGGGGACCAGUCUCGCGACUGUCCGCCAAGGAACUCGAGAUGCCUGGAACUCUCAAGUCUUACAAAAGGUGACAACAACCGAAACUAACGUCACCAAGCUGAACCAGCUUUACUCAGCUCUGUAUUUCAUGCAUCUACUCCCGACAAACAAGACUGGAGAAAAUCCUCUCUGGACCUCUAGUGAGCCUUACUACGAUGAUAUCUUCACCUUUUGGGACACUCAUCGAUGCACAACUUCGCUACUCCACGUCCUUCAGCCGGCAUACCAUGAAGAGCUUCUCAGAUCCAUGGUGGACAUUUACCGCCAUGAAGGCUAUGUUUCGGAUGCUCGCUCUUCAUUCUGGAAUGGCGCCGUCCAAGGAGGCUCCAACAGCGACAACGUCUUUGCCGAUGCGUUUGUCAAGGGUGUCCGUGGCAAAGUCGACUGGGAAGGCGCCUACGCUUCCAUGGUGAAGAAUGCUGAAGUCGUUCCACCUAACAACAAGGACCCACGAGAUCCUACGGGCUCAACCAAGGAGGGAAGAGGUGCUCUGUCGGAUUGGCUGAAAUAUGGCUACAUCACUCCUUCGUUUGGACGGUCUGUUAGCAGAGCUGUUGAGUACUCGGUUAAUGACUUUUCGUUGGCUACCGUUGCCAACGGCCUUGGACUUCAGAAUGACUUUCAAAAAUAUCUCAGCAGAUCACACAAUUGGCGUAAUCAUUGGAACACUAACAUGACUGCUCUCGGAUUCUCGGGCUUCCUUGGCCCGAGAAACACCAGCGGCUUCAUCUCUCAAAAUCCAAUCUCCUGCGGUGGCUGCUACUGGGCAGAUUACUACUACCAGGCUCUCCCGUGGGAAUACUCCUUCAAUGCCCACCACGACUUGGACACCAUUGUUCAGUACUCUGGCGGAGCAGAUACCUUUGUGCAGCGCCUCGAGAUGACCUUCCAACCCGGCGUCUACUCCGGCAACAGCGCCUUUGGCAGCACAAUCUUCAAUCCCGGAAACGAGCCCAGUUUCGCCACUCCAUAUCUGUACAAUUUCGUCAACAGACAAGACCUCGCCGUCAAACGAAGUCGCUUCAUCGCCAAAUCGUACUACAAGCCCACGCCAGGUGGCCUACCCGGAAACAGCGACGCCGGAGCCAUGGAGUCGUGGCUAUUGUGGAAUAUGAUCGGCCUGUAUCCCAUGACGGGCCAGACGACCUUCCUCAUCGGAUCUCCCUGGUUCACCGACCUGACCAUCUCCCUAGGCGGUGGCAAAACGCUCAAGAUCACCACCACCGGCGGCAGCGAAGAUGUGUACUAUGUUCAGUCGCUCAAGGUCAACGGCAAGGCGUGGAAUAAGAGCUGGGUGAGCUGGUACGACAUCUUUGCCAACGGAGGAACGCUCGACUUUGUGCUUGGUAGCUCGCCCGCGAACUGGACGACUGGUCCGACACCGCCGAGUCCUGGGAGUGCGAGCGCGGCGAAUGCGAGGAAGAUAUUGAUUGACAUGUCCAAGGCGAGCUAA